AUGCGCCUCUUGAUCCUGGGAGGAACUGGCCCAAGCGGUAUCGCACUCAUCCGCAAGGCACUCGAGGUCUAUCCAGACGGCACCGUCGUCGCCUACGCACGCUCCCCCGAGAAGAUUCCCGAAGAUCUGCAAAACAAUGCCUCCGUAGUGAUCGUCAAAGGCACACUCGAGGAGCUCGACCUUGUCGAGCAAGCCCUGGAGGGUGUCGACGUCGUCGUAUCGGCCCUCGGUCCGCUGACGAACCAGCCCACAGGAAAUCCGAUUGCGACCUUCUACGGGCACCUCAUCGAUCUGUUGUACAAGCACAAGAUAACGCGCUUCCUCCCACUCGCAACGGCCUCGCACCCAGACCCGCACGACAAGACGAGCUGGAAGUACACCGCGCUCAUUGCAGGUGUGCGCACAUUUGCACGGAACGCGUACUCUGAAAUCAGAGCGAUCGGGCAAGUGGUGACGACGAAGGGCAAGGACUUGGAGUACACGAUCGUGCGGGUGCCGAUCUUGACGAAUGCGGAGACAGAGGGUGUAGCUGCGGGUUACGUCGGCGAUGGGGAGAUUGGGGUGUUCCUCGCGAGGAAGGCAUACGCCGCGUUUUGUAUAGCGGAGAUUGAGAAGAAGGAGUGGGUGAAGACGGCACCAUUGAUCUCUAAUGUGGCUUGA